AUGGCAAAGGAAAAUUACACUGUGAAAAAUGUAGACAGCCUUAUAAUCACUGGAUUUGAUUACCUGCCGAACCAAAAACUCCUCGGAUUCCUCAUCUUAAUAACCUACAUCCUCGUAUUGCUUGGGAACAGCAUCAAUCUGUGUAUCAUCUCGACUAACAGACAUUUACACAAACCAAUGUACAUAUUAAUCGGUAAUCUAGCUGUUGUUGACAUAAUGUUCUCUACUAGCUGCAGCCCAACCAUGAUCUCAGUGCUGCUGGCUGAGAUUAAAACCAUUUCAUUGUACUCUUGUAUCUCAGGUAUGUACUUCUAUCAUCUUGGUGAAUUUUCAGAAUGCAUGGCUGUGACAUUAAUGGCAAUUGACCGACUUAUUGCAAUUAGAUUUCCGUUAAGAUACCACAGCAUUGUAACAAACUCACGAACAUGUCUGCUUAUUUUUCUAACCUGGGUUGGUGGUUUUGGUCUGUUAGGUUUUUUGACUUCUCUGGUAGACAAACUCCCAUACUGUCAGCCUAUCAUCAAAUAUGUGUUCUGUGGAUAUGGUGCACUCGUCACAACUGCUUGUGUUGAUCCUGAACCAUUUUUUGCUCUUUCUACAAUAUUUAAUUUGUGGCCACUGUGUGGACAGUUCCCUUUUAUUCUGUGUACCUAUGCUGUCCUGGCAUAUAGUGUGACUAAACUCUCCAACAACUCAAGCCGAAAGCAAAUGAUCAACACUUGCUUGAGUCAUAUUAUUGUCCUGCUCAGUUAUUUUGCACCGAAGGUGGUAGUUAACUUACUAACACGUAUAGGAGUUGUGCUAACUUUAACAGAGCGAAAUGCAAUAGUGAUUGUAGCCUCUAUAGUUCCUCCUUUAAUUAACCCCACUGUUUACUGCACCAGAACUAAAGAGAUCAGAAAACAAUUAGUAGAUGUGUUUUUGCGCAAAAAAAUUAUGCCUAAUCAUUAA